UCUGUCUGACUGUCUGUCACUGUCAUUCGUAACUCAAAACACGAAAUUUCACCACUUUUCGCAUUCGCUGUUUAUUUCAUGUUUGUUGAAAGCGGUAGCUAAGUAUUAAUUACCAGUAUUGUGCAAAACCUUUACAAAAUACACUAGAAACCUUAACAAAAUGUCUCUUAAUACGGCACAUGCCGAUCACGGGGUGUUGAUACAUGCAGGAGAAUGCAUCAUAUUGUUCUCGGACAAUGUCACAAUUAAUUUCUAUGGAAAUGAUACAACUGAGUUCAGUGGAACCAAAGAAGGCCGUAUAUACUUGACAAGUCAUCGCAUGAUUUUCAAUUCAAAAAGCCGCUCUGAACCUCUGCGGUCAUUCAGUUUUCCGUUUGUUACGUUGAUGGAUGUUGCUAUAGAACAGCCUAUGUUCUCAGCAAACUACAUUAAAGGGAAAGUUCAUGCACAACCUAACGGAAACUUUAUAGGUGAAGUAAAGUUCAAAAUUGUGUUCAAGUCUGGAGGUGCUAUUGAAUUUGGACAAGCCAUGCUGAAAGCCGCACAUCUUGCCACUCGUCACUCGGCGCCAGACUCCAGGCCUCCGCCGUAUUCGCCGCCUACUGGUCCAUGGUACGCCGCGCCACCUCCAGCGUAUGCGCCACCUCCACAGGGUUACUACGGAUGGGUACCUCCCUACAUGGCAUUCCCUGACCAGCCACCACCAAACUCAGUCUUUGUGUCGAACAACCCGCCCCCGUACCCUGGUGUGACAGGCAGGGCGUACCCGCCUGGCACUGGAUAUUCCGGCGUGAGCUCACAGGAGAGUCCGUCGCCCACAGGUGCAGCAUUUUCGCCGGGUCCCUCCGCUCCCCCCGGAUACCCUGGAGCCCCGGCUGGCAUGUCCUCCAGUGAUGCUAAAGCCGCGGAGGCUGCACAGAGCGCCUAUUAUGAUCCCAACAGGCCUCAGACAGCGUACGUGCCGCCACCAUACAGCGAUCUACCGCCGACUUAUCAGGAAUCGUUGUCAAAGAAAGAAAAUUAAUGCACUGUCCACAUUUCCAAAUGCCACCAAGGCGCUCGUGUCUUAAGGCUCAAGAUGAGUUUUACCUUCCGAUGGAAAAUAUUUAUGACGAAGGAGAUAGUGACUAAGCUAUAAUAAUGUAACAUUCCUCUACCCCGGGAGUCGUAGCUACGCGGAUAUAAAAUCAUACCAAAUUAAUCGAUGUUAAAUUGUGCAUAAUCGAAAUAUAAAUAAAAUCUUAUUUUUACAUUAUAUUGAACAUUUAUGACUACGAUUUGGUACGUUUUGCUGCUAAAAUUUGUUAUUGUUUAUAAACGUGUUGUGUAUAAAAUGUAUAAACAGUUAGAUAUUUUUCAAUGUCGUCACUAGACAGAACAAGUUGAUGCAGACCUGAUGCAAAUAAUUUCUUGAUAUUUGUAAUAAAUAAGUAUAUUAAAAAUAUAAAUGUAUAAAACUUGGGCCUUGCAUUGCUAGUGUGAUUAUUAAUGAUGUAGGAUUCAGUUUAUUUUGUUAAAAAUAUAUUUAAAGUAAAUUAAUGUUAAUGUGAUAUAUUCAUAGUAAAGUUAAUCUCUAUUCAUUUUCACUGUUGUAGAUAAGAAUUUAAUCAAAGUGUAUUGUUUAAAUAAUUGCAGAGUUGUUUUAACGUAAAUAUAUCGUAGACGACAUAUUAAUCGUAAGUUAUUUAUUUUUUCCGUACAAAAUUCAAUGUACACAAAAUUAUAAGCUUAAAUAAAGGCUUAGCUUGUUCA